ACAGGCCGCUGCUACCCACGACAGUGAACCUCCGGGCGUACGGCGGCAGCCAGCUGGUGGUGACGGGCGUCAUCACAGCAUCGGUGGAGACGGAGGACGGGCGGAGCUGCCAGGGCCGCCUGUACGUGGUGGACGGCGGCACGCCACUGCUCGGCAGGGACCUCCAGAAGAGUCUCUGCAUCUCCACCUGGCACGGCUCCACAGUGUAUGAGGUCGAUCGACAGCCGGGACGAUCCAGUGACGUGGAGGCCGGCAACGAUCAGGACAGCGCUACACAGAGAUGUUCCUGUUCUCGUACCGGAGUACGGUGCAGGCGACCACUGGAAGGAGCCCGGCUGAGCUGCUUCACGGACGACCAAUGAGGGGCAAACUCAGCGCGGCACUGGACGUCGGCGGACGUCAUCCAGCGAGACCUGGUGACCUGCAUGAGCACGUGAAGCGGAAACAAACCUAUCAGAAGACGUACUUCGACCGCUCCCACGGAGUCAAGACGCCCAGCUUCUCUGUGGGAGACCAGGUCCGUCACCGGCUUCCUCCGCAGGCGCGGAAGGGGCAGCUCCGGUUUUCGGCGACGAAAAGGAUCGUGCAGCAGCGGGGGCCAGCGAGCUAUCUGCUGGAUGACGGCACCCGCGUCCACGCUGACCGCCUGACGCGGAGCGCCGGUAGCUGCCCAGCAGAGGUCGACGGCCGGAGAGGCGAGCCGGUGCAGCCGGACGGUGCAGCUGACCGGACGGGACCGGCUGACGCGGAGCUGGAGUCGUCUGGCGACCGCGACCGGCUGGAGCAGCAGGAGCAGGACAGGCUGGAGGCGAUACCGGAACCAGAGACAACUGACAGUCACCUCCGGCUGGACGGGCAGCAGCUGGACGUGCCGCCGGCGCCCCUGGAGGCGGACGAAACGACCAGCGGCCGCUCGUCGACGCAGCCUGACACUGGGACGGCGACAGGGACUGGAGGGCGACGGACGCGAACCGACCUUCAGCAAGGGCAGACGAGCACGGCGGAGGAGGAGUCUGGUGUCGUCCGACCAAGGCUGCCGGAGACGGGCACAGGAGUGACAACGAGAUCGGGAAGAGCUGUUCGCGCUCCAGUGUACUAUGGAUUCAAUACUUAACCGGUUGUCGUACUGUAAUAAUCGCCUGAGGUCUCGGAUGUCGUUCUGCUUUUGCGUCUGCUGUACUUAGAAGUUCAGUUACUUUGCACUUUACUGGCACGGGCGAAUAUGAGCUGUGAAAUGAA